UGCAGCUGUUUCAGGACUCAUAAAGUUUGCGUUGGUGGUUUGCAGAACUUUUCAGCAUACUGCUCCUUUAAAACAACUUUCCUUUUCAUCAACUUGAUUUAUUUUUUUUAUUGAACUCUGGGGUCGAUUAGAACAGAACUUGAGUGCGGAAUGGCUGAACUGGUGCGAAUUCGAAAGAAAAGACUCCAAAUACCUAUCUCUAGGCUGAGAAGCAUGCUAAAGCAGAUUGAGGAGAAGGAUGUCGAUUUUGAAGAAAUCAAACAAAAUUUGGAUUUCACGGCAUCGUUACUGGAGGCAGUAUAUCUCGAUGGACCGAGACAAUGUCUGGAGUCAGAGGACGAUCUUCAGCAGCUGCAGUCAGAUGGGGUGCCAUCAGAGGUCACUGACUGGCUGGCGUCCACCUUCACCCGGAGGAUUCGACGGCCUUUGAGACGUUCAGAUGAGAAGCCCAAGUUUCGCAGCAUUGUGCAUGCAGUGCAGGCAGGCAUAUUUGUGGAGAGGAUGUUCAAGAGGGCCUACACAGCAACUAUGCCAGACCAACCUGAGGCAGUCGUAAACUGCCUUAGGGAUGUGGACCGUUGGAGCUUUGAUGUUUUUGCUCUGAACUCCGCUAGCUCUGAUCACGCACUACAAACUCUGUUCUUUGAACUGAUCACAAGAUAUGACCUCAACAGCCGCUUUAAGAUUCCCAUCUCAUGCCUGACUGAAUUCCUAUCUGCCCUGGAAAAAGGAUACUGCAAAUAUAAUAAUCCAUAUCACAACCUCGUUCAUGCAGCUGAUGUGACUCAGACUAUGCACUGUCUGCUGCUGCGCUCCGGACUCGUGCACUGGCUGACAGAGCUUGAAGUGAUGGCAUCCCUGUUUGCUGCAGCCAUUCACGACUUUGAACACACUGGAACCACAAAUAACUUUCACAUCCACACAAGGUCAGAAUUUGCUCUGAUUUACAACGACAGAUCUGUGCAGGAAAGUCAUCACCUAAGUGCAGCAUUUCACCUGCUGCAGGACGACCAGAUGAACAUCUUCAUUAAUUUGACACGAGAAGAGUGGAUGGAGAUGCGAUCACUUGUUAUAGAGAUGGUUUUGGCCACUGACAUGUCCUCCCACCUAUUUCAAGUAAAAGCAAUGAAAUCCUGUCUACAACAACAAGAGCGGAUGGAUAAGCCCAAAGCGUUGUCUUUGUUACUCCACACGGCUGACAUCAGCCAUCCAUCCAAGCCCUGGGCCCUGCACUCUCGCUGGACCAAAGCCUUAAUGGAGGAGUUUUUCAGGCAGGGCGAUAGAGAGGCGGAGCUCGGCCUUCCCUUCUCUCCACUGUGUGAUCGAAAAAGUACCUUAGUAGCUGAGUCCCAGAUAGGUUUCAUUGACUUCAUUGUGUAUCCUACAUUUUCCCUGUUGACGGACAUGGCAGAGAAAAUUGUUAUUCCUUUGGUGGAGGAAAACCCAGGUCCUCCAGAUCCCUGCAACAGACACAGUAAUCUCUGGAAGGAAAGCUCCAGGGGUCUGCAGUGGAGUCUGGCACACAUCACAGCUGAGCUGGUGAGCUUUCGCUCGACUUGGACUCGACACACAGAAGACAACAAGCUCAAAUGGAAAGAGAGUGGCUCAAAUGGAUUUUCUGACUCCAGCGUUACAAAAGAACAACGAUCCAUGGAGGAGGAGAGGUCAGAAAAAUCUCUACAAGACAGCAGUGAAAAUACAGAACAGUAGAAGGGACUUUCUUAUGAUUUGGGCUUGUUACCGAGAAUUUCUACAUUGUUAAACUGAGGCUGGGAAUCACUUUUUGUAACAAAACCACACAUUUUUUUUUGUUAUAAUGUGUGACAGAGAAGGAGGUAUGAUUAGACUUAAGAUCAUCUUCCAAAGGUAAGAUGAUGUGCAAUACAUACUAUGUCAUUAUGUCUUAUUUUAAGAGUAAGUAGUACACCACAGUAAUUUAAAUGGAAAGUCGACAUGCUGGUCAUGUCAUUUAGUUGUCAGACGUUUUAAUUUAAAUUUCCACUUAAACACAACAGAAACUUUUUCCAGUUGUAGUUAUAGAACUACACAGACAUAUUUAUCCUGCAUUAAACUCUAAACAUACAACAUUUUGACUUAUGUGACUUAUUUAAGAUUUUGUACGGGGGCUGAGUGCAGUAUUUUUACUUAUUUUGCAAAAGUUUCCAGAUUUAUAAUGCAUGGUUUUAAAUUCUGGCCUUUUACUUUUUAUAUAUUUCUAGCAUUUAAAUUGGUGGUUUGCAAAUAUUUGUCUGAGGUAAUCAUGUGGAGGUAUUUGGUGCAAAGUAUUUGUACCUUGUAACUGUGAAGUCACAUAGAACUGGGUUUGAAUAAUUCUAUUAGUGUAGGACAAUUUAGUCCAGGUUUGAAGAGUCAAAACUUUGUAGUUUUGACACUUCAAAGUUUUGACUUUGUAGUUAAAACAGUGUUUUUAAAUACACUCAAUGUAUAAUCAGGUGGAAUCACCAUUUAGCCAUUUCCCAAGGCGGACUAAAACCAGAAGCCACCUUCAACUUCGCAUGACUCUGUAUGGUUCCGAGAGGCCUCUCUGUUCUGUUAAAUAAACAUCUAAUAAAUAUUUAUCCAUAAAACUCCUGCAUAAACUCCUAAAGAGUUUAUGCAAUGUUUGGUGAUUUAAUAUGUGCUGAAAGGCCGAUGAAUGGCUGCAAGAUGCCAACAAUACUCUCAGUCCCCACAAUCUUAAGCAAGGUGUUUUUACAGUUUGUUAAUACUGAGUCCAACAACGCCUCCUGCUGUAUGGGCAUAUUAAUUACCCACAAGUCACAUAUAUUUGCUCCACUAUCAACAUUACAAAUGUAGCAAAAUUGACUUUCACUUCAGAAUUUAAAGGGGCAGCUGGUGUUUUUUAAUAAGCUAAACACCUUUUCUGAUUCAAAGUUUACAGAUCCAUUCUGGUUCAGUGGUUUACAUGAUUGUCAAAUAGAAAGAGAUUUAUUUUCUAGAUUUGCUAAAAACUCACAGGCUUGCUGUUAAAGCCAGGGCUCUGGGUGGGCCAUUCCAAAAAUAAGUUACUUUGGCUGAUUUGUAAAGAUAAUUUUUUAACUUAAAUCUGACGGGGGAAUAUAUAUACAUUCUAAUCCUGCCCCAGGAGUCUCUAUUAGUGGCUUCAUCUGGGAGAGAAACAAAGCUAAACUGAGCCAGUUGUUAAACUUAGGGGAUGGAAAUCAGAUACUUAUAGUUAGUGGCUGCAAUUGGUUUUUCACUGGGCUUUCCCAAAGGAUUGGCAAGGGUAAACACAGGACGACAGGCAAUAUUUUUUUCAGAGAGAAAUUUAAGCAAUUGGCAACCAUAGCUCUGCUGCUUUGGCUGCUCCAUAAAAGUGCCAUAGCUAUUCGGAAAUGUUGAGCAAGUUGCAACUUCUAUGAAGAGCAAAAACAAAAAAAACAAAAAAA